AUGUCCCGCCUCCUCCUCCGCACUCCCCGCCUCACAGCUUCCGCACUAGGUCUCACCUCCUACACCUCCUACACACUCCUCCAAUCGCACCGCUUUCCCGCUCGCUUGGAUUCGGUUUCCUCGCCGCUGUCGAAGAAUGGGAAUGCGCCGAUCAUCAAGAAGGGGGCGGCUUGGAUUCGAAGACUAACCCCCACUAACACCAAACCCACCACAGGACUAGGAGCCGGUCUGGCAGUCAGUACAUUUUCGCGUUCCCUCGCCCUAAUAAUCGGAUUAAUGGUCGUUGGGAUACAAUGGGCCUCUUCCCACGGCCUUGAUAUCGUCCCUACAGAUCGUAUUCAGAGAUACAUCAAACAUGUAAAUUUGCGUUCCCUCGUGGAAGAAAACGUUGCGUUUAAAGUUUCUUUUGGUACCACUUUUGCCAUGGCUGCUUUUAUGCGAUUUUAG